AUGAAUCCAAAAACUUAUAUAAAUGGGGUACAAAACAGCAAGAAAAACCAAGACCCACCAUUAUGGAAAUUCAAAGGAUUAAAGCUAACCACCGAAACCCAAAAAACUUACUCAAUGACUGAUUUUAUCAACGUAACCGCACCCGAACUAACCGACUCAGUUCUGGGUCCUGGAGCUGGUGCAGGAGUCGGGUGCGGGGCUGGAUUCGGGUUGGGCUUGGUUGGUGGAAUGGGGUUUGGUGGUUCGGCUUGGAAUCAUUUGAGGGUUGCGUUUGGGUUUGGAAUUGGGUGCGGUGUUGGAGUCGGGUUUGGAUAUGGACAAGGGUUCGGGUAUGGAUCUAGAUGGGAGACACUGAAGGCCCGGAUAGUCAGACCUGGUCCGGGUUCUAAAAAGCGGAUUUUGAUUCAAAUUUGA